CCCCGUGACCGUUCUGCUCUUAUCUGAGCCGCACACGCACACUCACGGCUGGGCGUGAACGCCGCUCAGCUUCUUCCACCUGAAAGACUGCGCAUGUGCAAACCGGCUGGGAAAACCCUCCUCCUCCUCCUCGAGCUCGACACUCGCACGCGCUCCCCGCUCCUCUGGCGUCAGAAGAACCGAGCUGCUGGCGCGCGCCGCUGUAGAUGCUCCUGGACUGAACGGAGAUCUUGAUAAAAACCGGUUUUCACGGGAGUUUGUGAUUAGUUUUUUUUUAUUUAACCCGCGUGGACCCGUGUCACUGAAGCUCCGUCCCUUCUUUUCCUCGUAUUUGAUCCACCCGACUCCGGCCCCGUAAACACGAUGAGCGGUCUUCAUCUCCGCCACGUCGGCCCAUCGUUCCGGUGAACCUCCCCCCAGCGGCUCCUCCUCCUCCCCUCCAGCCGUAGGGAUGCAUGUCAUGGACAGCGUCUUCCAAGGCGACCAGAGCGAGGGCUUCCCCCUCCAGCAGCAGGAGGUGGCCGUUGCCGUGGUGAUGCCGUCCAGCUCCCCGACAGGAUUUUAUGACAACAGGAAUGUUCCUGCUCCUCCUCCACCUGCUCCUCCCCUCCCUCCUCCUCCUCCACCUCCACCCGGGGGACCUGGAAUCGGCUUGAAGAAGAAGAAACGAGUCCGGAGUUUCUUCUGGAAAACGAUCCCAGCAGAGCAGGUGAAGGGACGAGCCAACGUCUGGACUCAGGAUGAAGUGCAGCAGAGCUUCCAGAUCGACGUGCAGAAAAUCGAGGAGCUGUUCUGUCAGAACGAACGUCAGAGCGAUGCCAAGCCGGGCCGGACCAAGAGCCAGCUGAGAGAAACCAAAGAGCAGGUGACCAUUCUAGACCCCAAGAGAGGCAUGAACGUCGGGAUUUUCCUCAAACAGUUCAAGAGGUCCAACCAGGCAAUUAUAGACGAUAUUCGCCAUGGCAACAGUGAGGCCUUCAGGGCGGAGCCUGUGAGGGAGCUGCUGAAGCUGCUGCCGGAGACGGAGGAGGUGAAGAAGCUGACGGCGUUCAGAGGCGACGCGUCGCAGCUGCCGCUGGCGGACGCCUUUAUGUACCUGCUCAUUCAGGUGCCCAGUUACUCUAUUCGUAUCGAGUCCAUCCUGCUGAAGGAGGAGUUUCCUGGAUCCUGCGACGCCAUGAAGCGCGACAUCGCCACUCUCCGCUCUGCCACCAAAGAGUUAAUGAGCUGCAAGGAGCUCCAUGCUGUUCUCCACUUGGUGCUGCAGGCCGGAAACAUCCUCAACGCUGGAGGUUACGCAGGAAACGCCCUCGGCUUCAAGUUGUCGUCUCUCCUGUCUCUGGCUGACACCAAAGCCAACAAACCGGGCAUGAACCUGCUCCACUUCGUCGCUCAGGAAGCUCGGAAAACAGACGAGAAGCUGCUGGGGUUUCCUCACAAGUUGCGUAACGUCCAGGCAGCCUCCAGGAUUUCCUUGUUAACGCUGGACGAUGAGCUACAGUUGUUAACUUCUCGCACGCGCUCAUUAGAGGAGAAUGUCCAGAGAGACACGGAGCUUCUGCAGCAGCUGGACAGCUUCCUGCAGAGCGCCACUUCCUCUCUGUGCUCCCUGCGAGCCGGUCGACAGCAGCUAAAGAAAGAAGGCAACGAUCUGAUCGACUUCUUCUGCGAGGACAUCGACUCGUUCAAGCUGGACGACUGCUUCAGCAUCUUCCACACGUUCUGCUUGAGGUUCACAAACGCCGUUAAAGAAAACGGUGAAAGGGAGGCAAAGGAGGCGGCUCGCCGCCAACACACACAGGAAGUAGACGAGCUUAAGAGGCAUUCAUGGGCUGGAGGAGAACAGGCAAGAGGAGCUUUCGGGAUGCGCUGCAGCAGCGAAGCAGACAUGUCCGCCGCCACUUUGCUUCAAACGGAGACCAAGCAACUGCUGGGGCUCCUGAGCCCAAAGUCCCAUCCACGCUCACUGCACAACGCCUCUGUGGAUCGGGCUGGAAGCCUACGGCGGACGCGGAACUCGCCUUCCAAUUUGCCCUUCGUCCUUGCUGAGCGGGAACUAUCCACACUUUUGGAAAUGGGGCUCAACCCAAAAGGUUCUCAGCAAAGAGGACUAAGAGGAUGCAAGUCACCUGAACAGAGAACAAGACCGUCUUCCCCCAGAGUGACCCCUGCCAGCCCACCACCCACACCAUCAGGAGCGUCUGAAACUUCUGGCAGCCCUGAAAAGACAAACCACGCAGCUUCACCUCUCUUCAAUAAGACUCACGUAAACCCUCCAGUCGUCUCCGAAAAAGUAGAACUCACUCUUACCUCAGAUUUAAACCAGCAGCCAGACCACAAAAACCAUGAAGACGAUCAAGGGAGUAAAGAGGAUCUCUCCCAACAGAAAACUCUCGCCACUUUAAGAUCAAACGCCACUAGAACAAAGACACAGGAUGAAGGUUCCAACACUGAGGACAUGUGUGUGGUUCUGGAGAAAUGCACUCUGGUCCCUGAACUGAAAGCCUUUGAGCAGGUGGCCAUCGUCACCGGCGCCAAAUCUGACGCACCUCAUCUCCUCAAGGAUGUGGUGAUCACAGAUUUGGAAGACGAAGGAGUUGACCAACCUGAAAGAGUAGAAACGACCACGACUUCUCAAAGAGAAGAGAAAGAGGACAAGGUGAUUGUUUGGUGUGUAACGGGUGUGUGUGACGUUGUUGGUGAAAAGAGCUCCACAUUGUUGGAGGAUCGUCGCAAUGGGAGGUCUUCUGCCACAGACAAUUCUUCGGACCUUAAGCUUCCCAAUCAAGGAUCAGUGGCGCCCGUCAGCAGCCAGCCUCUGCCUGCUUCUCGCUCUGACAAUGGGGUACCAGCGUCUUUCCUGGGGGCCAGUCCACCAGAGUUGGUGCCAAAGGGUGUCUCUGAGGAAGACGAGUCUGCCAGUAAAAAGUCAAAUGUGUCGGAACAGUCAAAAGACGAUGGUAAAUCCAAGAGGGACUCUAGGAGUUCAUCAGAAGUUCCUUCUAAUAAUAAAAAAGCUUCAACCAAAGCUUCCACCAAGGACCUAUCUGCUUCUAAAGUCAGACACACAAAACCAACAACUCCAAACUCCAGUUCAGCAGCAGACAAAUCAAAGCCGGUCCGCACUCUCACCAGAUCUGAGAAUCAGGGGAUGAGGAGGGUCGUGCCCAUCAGCAGAACCUCCCAAAGUUCUUCUUUCUCAAUCAAAGUCCCCGUAAGACCUCUGCAAACGCUCAUCCGAGAAAGACCUCCAACUGCCGCUUCACUCCGACGAUCCAACAAGACCCCAGAAUCCAGAGACUCUAAGGUUUCAGGCUCUCGAAACCAGAACCAGGACUUUGAAAGAAAGCCGUCUGUGAGAAAACCUCUGACGAAGCCUUCGGCCCAAGCAGAGGAGAAGAUAUGUCGCUCCACGCUGCGCGUGCUAACUCAAGGAGGAAGAGGAGGAACCGUCAGCGCUCCGACGACGCCUCUGCACAAGACCGGUUUGCCGUCGGUCCAGCCGGGUUUCACUCGAAGCACCGCGUCCUCUUCUUUCAGAAAAACCCACUCCACCCUCGGUUCCUCAUCGUGUUCCCAACCCUCCAGAGUCAGUCCCCUCAAAACUCCCGCCAAAAACACUCCUUCUCCUAGUCCGUCGGUCGCUGCAUCUUCAGGCUCCACGAGGACGGUUUCUCCCAAACUACUGGAUCCUGCCGGUUCUUCUUCCACACCCACCUUAAAGAGAAAUCUGACCAUCAGAUCAUCCACCCGCUCGCCUCUGCACGCCUUGACCCCCCAUCAAGGCCACAGAAGAAACAACAGCGGGAGCUCCACUCAUUCUAGGGAUUCAGGGAAAUCCUCAAGACCCAACUGGAGAUGACCAGAAUCCUUCUGGAGAUCAGAGGAUCUGUUUGUAACUCCGUGAGAAUCGGUGGACUCUUUCAUGAGAACAACCACAGGGAGAAAGGAGGCAUUUCCAAGAACCUUCAACUCUAUGCAUUUGUAACGACAAUAGAGUCUUUAGCUUGUUUUAGAAAACAAAGUAAGUUAUAAAGUAUGAUUCCCAGUCAACGGGUCGGUUCCUUUAAGGCUAAAGACUCGUUCUGAUGGCCAGACUUCUACUUUGUCUUUGCAGAUAAAGUUUAACCUUAGAGAAAAAUAAAACAUCGACUGGAGAAAUCUACGUAAGGCUUUUAUUGCAGGUAAUAAACUUAAAGAAAAGAUUUUUGCUCCAAACAAGAUGAUCCAACAAGAUCCAGGUAGAACCUCACUAGAACUGGUGUCCGAACGUCUCUCCGCUGUUUUCAUGUUCUCCAGAUUAAACAGUGAUAUAAAUGAGGAUCCAGGUAUUCUGGAAAUAUGGACACUACUUUCAGCAGGUAGAACACCUGAUGUUUUGGGCUAUUUCUUUACAAUAUGAGAAGCAGGUGAGAAGAUUCUUCUGUCCUUUAAGUCCAUGAAAAGUGAAUUCGUGAAACCCCGGAAAACUUCUGAAAUUCCUUUUCAUCAAGUCAGUAUUUCUUAUUCUUAAUCCCAAAUUAAUAUUUACAUUUUUGACAAAUUCUAAUGAUUUUAUUCUGGAAAAACCAAAUGAAAACUUUAUUUAAGGCGACUCCAGCUGGUGUUAAGAGAGACACCAGUUCAGUCAUUUCAUGUUUUAUCCCAUCAUUUCUAAUGUCUCAAUCUCACUGUUUGAUUCUCAAUCAUGUUAUUUUAAUAAUCCAAGUUUAGAAAAAUGUGUACACUUUCUUUGAUUAAUGUAGAUGUUUGUUUUUAAAUGUAUAUAUUUGAAAGAUAUGACUCGUUUUUAGUCUCUGAAUCAAAGAAUCAGAAAGGCUGAAGAGUUUGUGUAUUUAUAUAUGUUGUCUAUAUUAUAUAUGAAUAAAAAGAUGAGUUUACUAAUAAAUGUUGUUCUCCGAA